AAAUCGAAGUCGCGUAUCUUUGCUUCAUCCGCCCGACGAUAAUCGUGGAAAUUCUGGACAGUGACAGUGAAAAGUGAGAAAACCGAAAAAGGGUGUCAAGCAGCUAACCGUACCCCCGGAACACAGUGUAAAAUAAUACGCACAGCACAAAACAGAAACAAUAACGAGAACAACAGAGCCAAUAGAGCGCUGAGCGGCAACCCCCCAAUCCGAGUGCGGAAUCAGCGGCAGCUUCCAGUGCCGACCGGAAGGGCGGAAACUUUUGACCGAAAAAUCAACAAACAAACGAAGCCUCUGGCCAGUACCAGCCGCAACAGCAGCAGCAGCAGCACAUCGGAAAAUGGCAUCCCCACCGCCGGCCCCAGUGAAGAAAGUGCCGAUUCAUCUGCAGAGUGCUCAAAACCGACUGUACAUCAAGCGAGGACACGUCGUCAACCACGAUGGAAUGCAACAGGCGGACGUCUACAUCGAGGACGGAACCGUCCGGUACGUGGGUUCCGGGGCGGACUUCGUGGUCCCGGGUGGUUGCCGUACGAUAGAUGCCACCGGUAAGCUGGUGAUCCCCGGCGGUAUCGAUCCGCACACACAUUUCCAGCUCGAGUUCGGUGGUACGGUGUCGGUGGACGACUUCUACAAGGGCACCAAGGCCGCCGUUGCCGGUGGCACCACGACAAUCAUGGACUUUGUGCUGCCAAAAAAGGGCGAAUCCCUGCUGGAAGCUUACGACGAGUGGCGCGUCCGGGCCGACCCGAAGGUAGUCUGCGACUACGGACUGCACGUCGGCAUUACCUGGUGGUCGAAAUCGGUCCGCGAUGAGAUGAAGAUACUGUGCCAGGAGCGAGGCGUCAAUUCGUUCAAGUGUUUUAUGGCCUACAAAGGGUUGUACCAGCUGAACGACUCCGAGUUGUACGAGGUGUUCGAGACGUGCAAGGAGCUCGGAGCCGUCGCGAUGGUACACGCCGAGAACGGGGACAUCAUUGCCAAGAAUGUCACCAAGUUGCUGGCCGACGGCGUGACCGGCCCGGAAGGCCACGAACUGAGCCGCACCGAGGAGGUCGAGGCGGAGGCCGUCAAUCGCGCUUGCGUCAUUGCGCAUCAGGCUCACUGUCCACUUUACGUCGUGCAUGUGAUGAGUAAAUCUGCCGGCAUAGAAGUGGCCCGCGCCAGACACCGGUACAACGGUGCCGGGAUCUUCGGUGAGACGUUGGCGGCCGCGGUCGGUACCGACGGUACAAACUAUCAGCAUAAAUGCUGGCACCAUGCGGCCGCACAUGUCCUCAGCCCACCGCUAAGACCCGAUCCUACCACACCGGAGUUCCUAAUGAAGCUGUUGGCUUACGACGAUCUGCAGACGACGGGUAGUGACAAUUGUACGUUCAACCGCAACCAGAAGGAGCUGGGGCUGAAAGACUUCUCCAAAAUUCCGAACGGCGUGAACGGUGUCGAGGAUCGCAUGUCCGUCGUGUGGGAGAAGGGCGUUCAAACGGGCAUGAUCGAUCCGCAGCGCUUCGUAGCAAUCACCAGCACGAACUCGGCCAAGAUCUUCAAUCUGUACCCACGCAAGGGCCGCAUUGCGCCCGGUUCCGAUGCCGAUCUGGUCGUCUGGGACCCGAAAGCGGUACGCACAAUUUCGGCCUCCACGCACCAUCAGGCAUGUGAUUUCAACAUCUUCGAGGGCAUGAAGUGCCACGGUGUGCCCGAGUUUGUGAUUGUUCGCGGCCGUGUCUGCGUCGAGUACGAUCUGAUUCGGGUGGCCGAGGGUCAGGGUUCGUUCCUGGAGACACCCGUCUACCCGUCGUUCGUGUACGACGCACUGAACGGCGUGAAACGUGAGCCGGACGACGAGUCGGACGAGAAGCACGCUCGCAAUGGGCUACAAGGCCUGGAUCUGCACCAGAAGUCGGGUCACGACGGCGAUAUGCCGGACGCGUACGGGCUCCCGGAUAAGUACAUUCCCGGACCGGCGCUCAGUGUUAUUUCUGGCGACUCGCAAAUCAGCACACCGCACAGUGCUCGUGGCCACCGUCCCGACGGAACCAAGAACAUGCAGCAGUCCACCUUCUCCAUCAGUGAGGAACUCGAUAAGUCCGAGAGUCGUUCGUGCAUCCGCGUAAGAGCCCCGCCCGGUGGCAAAUCUUCCGGCUUCUGGUAGAUCGACGACCGCGCGGCGACGUCUUCCACUCCGCGAGAGCCGUAGACAAAUAAUGGUUGAAAGACCCGACCCAACAACCAGGCAGGACACGCGGAUGGUAGGCAGUGUUACCUCAACGCUAUCACCUCCAACCUUCCAAAGAGAGCACACGUACCAAAACCGAGCAGACCGUCAUCCAGCAAACACUAUUAUUGAUAGUAUCGAGGGCGAAGAGGCAGUGGAACAGUAACCGGCAGUGAUUACGAUUACGGCAUCCACUAUGGCCAGUCGCCAGUCUAAGUACAAGCAUAUCGAUAACGAGGGGCUCAGCGGACCCCGUCAAGAUCGCAACACAAGAAGUUCAGUCGAUGAUGAAGUAGGUCGAACGCGAUGAGAGUACCAAACAAUCAGCGUAAUAAAUAAAUCUUUGCUAAUAACAAUAGAUGUAGCACCGUCGCCGUUCCGGUCGGCCUUGCUUGCGUACUCACAAUAUUGUGUGGCUCAGUUUAAGUUACGCGCCGUACCACUAUAAAGCCUUUAGUGAAAUUGAAUGUACUAUUGAUUGCGCCACCGAGCGGAGGGAAACCAAAUUCUAUUUAUUUUUCAUUGAAUUAUUUUGUAAGAUUAACUCCGUCUUGUUAUUGAACCUAAACCGAUAUGAAACAAUAGUCAAAGUUUGAACGAUGGUCGUUGUUACUUACCUAGAGUCUGGAUGUUGCAGCCGAAACAGCGUCGAUGGUGACAGGGCAGGGUGGAACGCAACCAACCAUGCCGUUACUGACCCGGUCUACGACGGAACAUCCGGCAAUCCGCGGCAAGCAUGUGCAAUCGAUAGUAGUAAUAUCUGCAGGAAUCAAACAACUCUCUCUCAAUUUACGCACAAUGUCUUGGCUACAAACAAGUCGCUUGCACUUUCCCAGUGGACGAAGCGAAUAGUUACGAAUUCGGAAUUCAAGAAAAGCGAUUAGCAGUGCACAACAGCGCAAUGACAGUGGUGGAGCCACAAAUUAAAGACCAACGGACAGGGGUUAGCAAGGUAACUUUUCGCCUGGAAGCCAGCCGGUAGAAGGAUCGCAUUUUUUAAACUGUAGCUAGGAAUUGAGAAUUCAGAUGCAAAGGCAGAUGCUUUCGGAAGGAAUGCGGUAAGAGCGGAUCUCGUAAUGGCACACUUAGCUAUUAGAGCGUUUGGGACCCAACGCGAUUGCGGCUUUGAUUUGAUUUGAUGUGUUUUUCGGUGUUUUCGUUGCUCGAUAGCUCAGCACACAGCUUUUGCUGAGCUCUGCUGCUUCGUUCCGGAGCAAUGCUGAAACUCCACUGAUUGCCUGCUUCGUAAACCUAGCUCCAAAUUUACACUGUACUAAAAGGCGAUGUUUAUUCGUAGUAUUGAUAAGCGAAAGAAACCAUUAAUGAUAAUUUGAAACGUUUGAAUCAUAUAUUGGAAA